CCGCUCCGCCUUUAUUACUCCCACCACACCACCACUGCAUAGCUUCCUUGCUCUCUGCUGCUGCCUUCCACUUCCACACCCGGGGCCGGCGACGAAGCACGCACAAAAGCACCGCAAAACCCCCCCGCGAUCAAUUCCCCGGCCACCACGCCUUCCGAGAAGAGCAGAGCUAGAUCCGGCCACCCCGCUCCCUCCACACGCGCCACGCCGUCUAUUAACGGCAGGGCGGCGCGCGACCUAGCUGCCGCUGCUGAUUACGUCCCCUCCUCCUCAUCUGGCCAGGCGGCGGCGACUGGGGGAUCUUCUGACCGAGGGAUGGACGGGAGGGUGCUACGGCGGAGCGUCACGCUGGCGGACCAGCUGGCCGCGGUGGGGCCGCCGGCCGCCGGCUCCUGCAACCUCCGCGACCUCCUCAAGCUGCGCGACGAGGACGACGGCCGCCGCGCCGCCGCCGCCGUCACCCUCGCCUCCGCCAUGCAGGCCGACCGCCGGGCCUCCUCCUCCCCGCCGCCGUCGGCCGUGGCUGCGGCCGCGGCUGCGCGGACGCUGCUCGACAUCAUCCGCGACGACCAGCCGGCCCCGGCUCCAGGCUCCUACGGCUCCGCGGGCGCCGGCGACCCGUUCGUCCGCCGCGCCGUGUCCCUCCCGGCCCCGCAGCCCGCCUCCCCGCCCGCGGUUACCAGGGCCGUGGCCGCGGCACCGACGCCGCCUCCGGAAGCGUCCCCGCCGCCGGCGGAUCAGGAGGAGGAGGAGCAGGGGGAGAGGGUGUCCCUCAUGGCGCUCCUGGAGCAGACCGACAGGCAGUGGAGCGCCGUCGCGGCGGCGCCGAGCGAGCAGGACCCGGCGGCCGCCGCGUCCGAGCAGGACGCGUUCUGGCCGGAGGACGACGGGGACCUGCUGCCGGAGCACGCGGGCCGAGGCGUCGGCGCCGGCGCGGCGGGCGGCGGGUGCUGCUGCGUGUGCAUGGCGCGGGCCAAGGGCGCCGCCUUCAUCCCCUGCGGCCACACCUUCUGCCGGGGCUGCGCCCGCGAGCUGCUCGCCGGACGCGGCCGCUGCCCGCUCUGCAACGCCGCCAUCGUCGACGUCCUCGACAUCUUCUGACCGCGCCCCGCCGCCGCCGAUCCCCGCCACACCAUCUGACCGCGGCCCCAGCCCGCCCGCCGCCGGCGGACCUCUCCGGCGAAAUCAGCAGCUCCUGCGGCUGACGGAGAUGCUAGGAAGGAUCCAGACAUAGAUAGAUCUCUGCCCCGUUCUUGCCAAAACUGAAAAAAAGGAUAGCGACAUGUUCAGCUCGAAAUCACUGUCGUAGAUGUCUACCACAGACCAAUUUCACUUCUGCGUUGCGCAUUUCUGCAUUUCCAACCUUCUCGUUUCAAUCCCCAAUCGUCGGGUUCUUGCUUGCUGCUGGUAACCAAUCAAUCAAUCGAAGUGGGUGCCUGGGUGGUGGCCGGUUAAACAAGAUUACUUGGGUUUGACUCGAGAUUAAUCUGUCAGUGACAGAAUUACUUUCUGCUGUAGCCUGUAGAGUAGGAGUAGCUGUCCAGCUAGCAGGCACGCGCUGCUUGAAGAUCUCGAGACGCCCUCCAUCCCUCCAUUGGGAAUUCCAAUUAAUUAAUUUGCUGCCUCACUCCAGUCCAGUGUGCAGCUCCUAGGCAUGAACACAUUCAAUUCCGUGGAGCGCAUUUCAUAUUCAGAAGAUCCAGCUCAGUGAUCGGCAGUGCCACGACCGACAGAAGUGUGGCUAAUAAAAUGUUACUCAUUAAUUAAAAAAAUGUUUUAAGAACAAA